UCCUACACGGAUUUAAAUAAGCGCAGCACCUCUUGUUACCUAGCAACCAACGCCAACUGGAUGAAAUGGCCAAAUUCGUACUUGCAGGUAGAACCGACUGUCCACAUUACGCCAAAGCGGAAUUAUUAGCAGACAAGCUGCGGGAAUGUCUGCCAAACUUCAGGAUGCACAAGAUCUCCAUCCUCCCAGAUCAGUGGAAGGAAUGGCUUGAGGACACCUGCAAAACAAAUGGCUGGAAACACGAGAGGUCCCCUUUGGUCUGGAGGGAGCUGGUGUUCCAAGGGGGGAAAGGGAUGCUGUUAGGGGGCUUUAAUGACUUCAUGGAGCAUUGCCAGGACUACUACAACAUCACUUCAGACAUGGCAACAGAUAUAAUGCUGAGUGUUGCUGCAGAGAAUUAUGAAACAAAGAUGAAGAGUAUUGAAGAAGAGCAACAUCGGGUCAGUCUUAUUAAACCCCUUCACGUAUGGAUCUGCAGUGCUCUCAGCCCGACCUGCCGCUUCCUUAUCCCCUCUCUACUCUCUGCUGAGGUGUUCCUGCAUGUUUCCGCAAUAAGCCUCCACCUACUGCACCUGGAGGGAGAGGAGGACGAGCUGGAAGAGCUGAAAAUGGAGACAGAGGACCUGGCACUUCCUUUGCUCCAUCAAGUGACUACCCACACUGAUCUGAAAGAGGCUUUCAAAGCAGCAGAUGUCAUUCUGCUGUUGGAGGAGCGGUGGUGUGAUGAUGGUGAUGAAGAGAAUAAGGAGAAGAAGAAUUUAACAACAGUCUCAGACAGAUACCGAGAGUACGGCCAGCUUAUAGACACAAGAGCCAACAAGAAGGUGAAAGUGAUUGUGUCCGGUGACUCAUUUGUCAACCUGAGAUGCUCACUUCUUUUGGACAACGCACACUCCAUUGACCGCGGCCGGUUUGUCACCAUGGCAACGCAGCUGGAGAAUGAAGCAAGAGCAAUCAUUGCAAAGAAGCUGAAAGUGAGGCCUGCAGAUGUAACACAUGUCAUAGUGUGGGGGAACAGCAGUGGUAGUUUCUACAUUGACAUGCAGAGGGCGCAAGUGUCCAACUAUGCUGGGGCAAUCAGUGGACCAGCUUUCUUUUCUCAACCGGUGCUCAAGAUUCUCCAUGACAGGAAAUGGUUGGAAACGGACUUGCAGCAGUCUGUAGGCCGUCAGCGUGCAGCUGUGGCUUCAAAAACCUGCAGGACAGCUGCCAUGACGGAAGCCAACGGGAUCCUCUCCGUGCUCAAGCCCUGGAACGGAAACGGUGGUCCAGAUGAGGUCGUCUCUUUGGGUGUACUUUGCAAAGGCUACUUCAACCUCCCGGAUGGCAUCGUCCUCUCAGUCCCAGUAACCUUCAAAGACGGUGAAUGGUCGGUGCUGUCUGACGUCACUGUUGGAGAAGUGUUGCAGGAAAGACUUCAGCUCAUUGCCAGUGAACUCAGAGAGGUCAGUCAAGAUGAAUCAUUGUGUUGUUUACAGCAUACAGUGUUUACAGGUACUUACAGAGCUAUUCUCCUCUCCCAGGAAAAAUAA